AUGGAGUUGGAGUUGCCUAAUCGUUUAUACAGUGAGGGAUUGGAACCUCAGGCUAAGAAGAUUAAUAACAGCUGCCGACUAAAACUUCUCGAGUUGCUGAAAGAAAAAAUGGAGCCAAAAUUCGAUGAAGUUAUGAAAGAUCCCAUUUUUUCACAGAUUAUGGUUAUCCAGAAGAAUGAUCUGAAGUUUUCGGCGAGGUUGGUACACUCUUUCUUGUGUAAGGAGUUGAUGACAAGCAAGAGACAUGAGAAGUGGUUCACUUUCGCUAGGAGACCUCUGCGUUUUGGAUUGCAAGAGUAUCAUGCUGUCACUGGUCUGAAAGUGAAGCGAGAGAAUAACAGUGGGUUAGUGACAUGGAAAGAUGAUGAUGGUUUUUGGAGCAAGCAGAUAAAGACAAAUGGAAAAAUAAAUUUGCAGAUCAUUAAAAAGAAGCAUUUGGAAGAGAGCAAUACCUGGACUUGGGUUGAUAGGGUGAGACUGAUAUAUCUUUGCGUUAUUAUGGGUGUGGUGAUGGGGAAGGAUGAGAAGGUGAAUAUCCUGCAUAUGUACAUGAAGUUGGCGAUGGAUUUGGAGAAGCUUCGGAAUUACCCAUGGGGUCUGUAUUCGUUUGAUUUCCUUCUGAAGCAAAUUGAUAAAACAAGGCAUAAAUUAGAGCAGAAAGAGGGGUAUCUGAUGGAAGGAUUCUUGUUUGGUUUCCAAAUUUGGAUAAUGGAAGUUGUUCCUGCUUUAAGAGAGAUUUGUGGCACAGAAAGGAUUUUGCAUUCAUUCAUGGAAUCCCACAUAGAUGGAGUGGUCCUUUUGGCAACUGAUUUUGUACAGAAGAAUGAUAAGAAAGAUGAAAGAGUAGAUCGCAUUUUGGAUAUGAUCAAUAGUAAACAUGAUUGGAACAAUCAUGUUUGGGGAGUAAAAGAAGUUACGAACUCUGAAUUUGAGGAAUCUGGCGAAGAGAAAGGAGAGGAUCAAACAACUGAUACUGAGAGAGGUGAAAAUAGUCAUGUUGCAGGGAAUGUUGAUGGCACAGCUGAUGUUUCGGGAAGAAACAAGAGAAAGCUUGCAGACCGAGGAGCAGAGUCAAGGAAGAAGAAUGUUUUGUGCCACCUAGCUGCUUCAUCAAAAGGGAAUAUUGACGAAUAUAUGAAAAAUUUCUUAGAGGAUCUGGUACAAGCUUCUUUUACUACUUUUGGGGAGAAAUUAUGUCAGCAGUUUUCGGACAGGUUGGGUAAGAUUGAGACUGAGGUUACACAACUCAGGACAGCUUCGGAGAGAACUGAGCAAUUUGAGACAGUUGUAACCGACAGAUUGGGGAAAAUUGAGGCUGAGGUUACACAGCUCAGGACAACUUUAGUGGUGACUGAAUUGGUGGGAAAGAGUGAUCAAGCAAGCGGUCCUAGCAUGACCAAAAUCAACAGUGGUCCUAGCACCAGCAAAAAAGGCACUGCUCCAUCAAAGAAAAAGGCUGUAAAAAACCAAGGGUUAAAGACUGCUGAUUCGUGUGUCAAUUUACCUCGUGAAAAAGUUACUCAAUCAUCAGCUAGUGAUCUUCGUAUGGGUACACAAGAGUUUUUGGAAAGUUGCAUGAAGAACCUUCCAUUAGACACAUUUGUGAAAGGUUUGAAUCCUUCUCAAGCUAAAGUCGAAGAUUCAUUGGAUUGGUUGGAACUUCCAAAAUCAUUGAAGAAACCAACAGAUUCAUUGGAACUUCUAAAAUCAUUGAAGAAGCCAGCGGUCCGAUUAGAUGACCGAGAUAUAGAGCUAGACGGCGAAGAUUUCCCUGAUCACUGCUUGGUGUUUGUGCAUCCUACAGAUUUUAAGAAGAUGCAGGACUGGCAAGAUACACGAACGUAUGUUAUUCCUUUGUAUAUAUCAUUUCGUUGA